CUGGUUCCCGGGCGCCGGGGCGAACAGACGGAACGCAAGCCUGGGCUUCCAACGUCGAGUCCAUUCUCCAUAAGAUUUUUGUUUGGCCGAACGGCUGGGAAACGCGCGUGUGUGGGAGGGAGAGAGAGAGAGAGUUUUUUUUAAAUUGUUAGUCUCUUUUUUUUCCCUCUUCCCUCACCACCAGCAACCGCCCCCCCCCCUUCUUCCCUCCCCAAUCCGGGCACUGGUUGAUGAGAACAGCGUGGUUUUCCUUUUAACGUGCGAGUCUGUACUCGACAGUUGCCACUCAGCGCGUUCAAAAUAAAAGUGCUUUUGGAGGGGGGAAGAUAAGAGUAUGGAGGAUGGAUGGACACCUUUCCCAAUGGUCAACCGAAGCCUCUUGGAAGUUGAGCUUUUACACGUUGGAGAGUCUCCAGAUAUGACUGGGGCAGAUACUGCUAUAGAAGAUCGGAAGCGGGAAAUGGUAAAGGAACUAUCCACAACUGAAGACAAAGGAAGUGACCUUACAGCUGCUAAUUUGAGUGCCACAGAGAAGCCGCUGGAAGCUUGUGAGAUGUUUGCAGAUGGUGAAACCAAUGGUUCUUGUGAAAAGACUGAGGAAGCAUCUUCAACAAAGAUUCAUCAAACAUCAAUUAGAAACACUCAGGACACUGUGAAAACAGCAUCAUGGGAUUUAAGUGAACUAAAGCAGAUAAAUGAAAAUGGAAUAUUGGGAGAAGACAAUAAGACUGUUAAAACAAGCAAUCAUAUGAAUUCAGAUGAUUUGACACUAACGCCUUUGACAGGAAGUAAUGGAUUUGUUUUAAAUAGUAAACCUUUACUUCAGGUACAGACUGGGAGUCCUCCUCUAAUCGGACAUGCUGCCAAAACACUUCCUUCAUCUCCUAGCAAGGGUGGAGGAGUUAACAAGGUAAAAAACUUUAAUGCAGUUGAAGUUCUGCAAAAUCAAGCCAUGAAACCGCUUACUAUGGCAUCAGCCAAAUCAGGAGAAGAAAACCCAGAAGAAAAUACAUCUCAGGCUAAAAAACUGUCACAAGGCCUUAAUGCUGAGGUCAAGAUUCACAGAGCCAGGAAGACUCUGCCUAAACUCAAUUCAAAUCAGUCACCAAACAAAGACCCAAAGGAAGAAUGUGUAAAUAGUCUAGAAUGUGGGAAAAAGCCACCAUCACCUCCAUCACCACAACCAACACCACCCCAGCAACUGAUACUACCUCAGAAUCAGAACAGUACUGCCACUUGCAAACCACAAUCAGUGGCUAGGAAGAAGAAGAGGAAAAUGGGAACCUAUAGCCUGGCUCCUAAGAAGAAGACCAAACUGCUAAAACAGCGCACCGUACUUGAAAUGUUUCAGAACAUGUCACAGUCUGCAGCUGGCAUGCAGGAACAGAAAGAUUCCUCUAAUGGUGUGACUCAGAACAUAAAUGGAGAGACUGCUGAUCUAUCUCAAGACAUGGAGUCUGAAGAUGAUGAAGAGGAAGAUGACGAUGAAGAAGAAGAUGAUGACGAAAAAUACAGUGGUGUAGACCAUCCAGAUUCAGAGUUGUCCACAGACUUGGGAGACACUGACAAUAUUCGUAAAAUGGAAAUGUCCAAGAAAGCUAACCAGCAAGAAGAAUAUGAUCCUGAAGAGUAUCAAGACUCUGAUCUGGAAGAUGAGGAUGAUGAUGACUUUGAAUCUGAUGUGAGUUCAGAGUCUAGUUUGAAAAGGAAAUGGAAGAAGAAAGGGAAGAAUGGCAGCCCAUGGGUAAAACCAACCAGGAAAAGAAGAAGAAAAAACCGGCCAAAAGGUGAUAGUAGAGGUGCUGAAACAGAGACUGCAGCUCUGUUAGAUAAUAAUGAGUAUACUGAGAUGCCUCUUAGCUCAUUGAAUCUGCCUGCAGGUGGCCUAUUCUCUUCACAAUCUACAGGCAUUUCCCAAAGCUCCGAUUCAGUGGAACUAGAUAAGCUACAGGAGUUACCUCUUUGUAGUUGUCGGAUGGAAACACCAAAAAGCCAAGAGAUUGUUAAACUGGCUAACAAUAAGUGUAUGGCCACUGAGAAUAUAGAUGAAGAGCUAAGUAGCUGUAUUAACAGCGUGAUUAAAGAAGAGAUGAUGCGACCCUCCAAUAAGGUGCAGCUAAUGGUAUUAUGUGAGGACCACAGAUCCCGAAUGGUUAAACAUCAGUGUUGCCCAGGCUGUGGAUACUUCUGCACUGCUGGGACCUUCAUGGAAUGUCAGCCCGAUAGUACCAUCUCACAUCGCUUUCACAAGAAUUGUGCAUCUCAUAUGAAUGGAUUGUCUUUCUGUCCACAUUGUGGUGAAGAUACUAUUCAAGCAAAAGAAGUUACCAUUGCAAAAGCAGACACUACCUCUAUGGUACCCCUCCCAGCACAGGAGAAGAUUGGUGUCGUGAAUGGAAAAGCAGAUACCACUACAUCAAGCAGUGCUCGGAUAAGAAUGUCAAUGGAAAGCAAGCCUGAGAGUGCUAUCUCCAAAGUAGCUGAUAGUUCAGAUACCUCUAGCUUUUCCACUACGUUGAAAUCGGGAGCAGUCAUGUCAACUACAGGACUGCCAACUGGCCCUGGGAAAGAGACCAUGGAAAGCAUUCUUAUUGCACUUGAUACAGAGAGACCCAAGAAGCUGCGUUUUCACCCAAAGCAGUUAUAUUUAUCUGCUAAGCAAGGAGAGAUGCAGAAAGUGCUUUUAAUGCUGGUUGAUGGGAUUGAUCCUAACUUUAGAGCUGAGCACCAGAAUAAGCGGACACCUCUCCAUGCAGCUGCUGAGAUAGGCCACGUGGAAAUUUGCCAUAUGCUUGUACAGGCUGGUGCCAAUCUCGAUACUUGUGAUGAUGAUCAGAGGACCCCACUGAUGGAAGCAGCAGAGAACAAUCAACUUGAAGCAGUUAAAUACCUCUUGAAGGCAGGUGCACUGGCAGAUCACAAGGAUGUUGAAGGUUCAACUUGCCUUCAUCUGGCUGCCAAGAAGGGACAUUAUGAUGUGGUUGUACAUCUUCUAUCCACGGGGUUAAUAGAUGUGAGCUGUCAGGAUGAUGGUGGUUGGACGUCUAUGAUUUGGGCCACAGAAUAUAAACAUAUAGAUAUUGUAAAGCUGCUGCUGUCAAAAGGAGCUGAUAUCAACAUUAGGGACAAUGAAGAGAAUAUCUGUUUGCACUGGGCAGCUUUCUCAGGGUGUGUGGAUAUCGCUGAGAUAUUUUUAAAUGCAAAGUCUGAUUUAACUGCAGUAAAUAUGCAUGGUGACUCUCCUUUGCAUAUCGCAUCAAGAGAAAAUCAUUAUGAAUGUGUAGUGCUUUUUCUUUCACGUGGGGCUGAUGUUAACAUUAAGAAUAAGGAAGGCGAAACACCACUCGAAUGUUCAAGUCUGAACUCUCAAGUAUGGGUUGCACUACAGAUGAACAAAAAACUUAAACAAGCAUCAGCUAAUAAGAUUACCCAGGUUGAGAAGAUAGUUGGCAGAGAUAUUGGGCGAGGUUAUGAACGUGUACCAAUUCCAUGUGUCAAUGGUGUUGAUGAAGAACCUUGUCCAAAUGACUAUAAAUAUGUUUCCCAAAACUGUGUAACGUCUCCAAUGAACAUUGAUAGGAACAUCACACAUUUGCAGUACUGUUUUUGUGAGGAUGACUGCUCCUCCAGUAACUGCAUGUGUGGCCAACUAAGUAUACGUUGCUGGUAUGACCAGGAUGGACGACUUCUUCCAGAAUUCAACAUGCUGGAACCUCCACUCAUUUUUGAGUGUAACCACGCCUGUGGAUGUUGGAGGACAUGUAAAAAUCGUGUGGUGCAAAAUGGAAUCAGAGUUCGAUUACAGAUCUAUCGUACAAACAGAAUGGGGUGGGGUGUUCGAUCAUUGCAGGACAUUCCCAAGGGUCAUUUUAUCUGCGAAUAUGUUGGGGAACUUAUAACUGAUGCAGAGGCAGAUGUCCGAGAAGAUGACUCCUAUCUUUUUGACCUCGAUAAUAAGGAGGGGGAGGUAUACUGCAUUGAUGCUCGUUACUAUGGAAAUGUCAGCCGAUUUAUAAACCAUUUGUGUGAGCCAAAUCUGAUUCCUGUGCGAGUUUUCAUGUCACACCAAGAUCUUCGUUUCCCAAGAAUUGCGUUCUUCAGCAGCAGAGAUAUCAAAUCUGGCGAGGAACUGGGAUUUGAUUAUGGAGACAGGUUCUGGGACAUCAAGAGUAAAUAUUUCACCUGUCAGUGUGGUUCAGAGAAGUGCAAGCAUUCAGCUGCUGCCAUUGCUCAACGACAAGCUACAGUGUCUCAACUAGAAGCACAACAAAAUGGACUCCCAGACACCAGCUCAGCCACAUCUGCCAAUGUUUCUUGACAUGCUAAUUCAACCUGGACCACAUUGAGCUGAAUUGAGAGAAAUAGCUCUGCUUGUGUGAACAGAGUCUUGAGUACUAGCUCAGCUGUACUGAUGAAAUUCUUCCUACGAAUUGUCUGUCUAGAUAUUGACAAUAGGACAUUUAAUAAAUUGAACUUUUGUUAUAGUGAGGGCCAACAGUUAUGGUGCUGAUUAUUGUGAGAGUUUACACCCAAGUAAAACUCACCUCAAGAUUGUAUAAAGGAACAACCUGUUUUUAACAUGAAUUCAAGUAAUUUUUUUUUACAUGUAGUAGUAUUAGUAAUAGUAAAGUAGUACAAGUUUGUCACUAUGAAUUUACCAUCUGCUGUUGAUGCGUGAUGGUUGGACAUUAAAAGUACCAUUUUGCAUAAACUUUUUCAAGGUCCUUUAGUGCAGGUCAGUUUUUUUUGUGCAAGUACUUAAAGAACUUUACAGAGACAUUACUGUUUGCAUUCAUUAUAAUUUUUAAUGGUUUUAAGGGCAUUUAUGCUUGAUCCAUUAGUGU